AUGGAAAUGGGGGGGGUUGACAAAGAUGCCGAAUUGGUCGCCCUAUGGAACUAUUGUGCUCUAAGUCAAGAAAUAUUAAGGCGACCAAUAGUUGCCUGUGAACUUGGCAGACUUUAUAACAAAGAUGCUGUCAUUGAGUUUCUACUGGACAAAUCUGCUGAAAAGGCUCUUGGGAAGGCAGCAUCUCACAUUAAAAGCAUUAAGAAUGUGACAGAGCUGAGGCUUUCUGACAAUCCCGCCUGGGAAGGGGACAAAGGAAACACGAAAGGAGACAAACACGAUGACCUCCAGCGAGCACGUUUCAUCUGCCCAGUCGUGGGCUUGGAGAUGAACGGCCGACACAGGUUUUGCUUCCUGCGGUGCUGUGGCUGUGUGUUCUCUGAACGAGCCUUGAAGGAGAUAAAAGCAGAAGUCUGUCACACAUGCGGGGCUGCCUUCCAGGAGGAGGAUGUCAUCGUGCUCAACGGCACCAAGGAGGACGUGCAGACGCUAAAGAGCAGGAUGGAGGAGAGACGGCUGAGAGCCAGGCUGGGAAAGAAAACAAAGAAACCCAAGGUGGCCGAGUCUGUCUCCAGUCCGGACGUCAGGGAAGAGCCUGCAGGGCCAUCCAAAAUUAAGAUGGGGAAGCCUGAAGACUCCAGUCUUGACUCAAAGGAGAAGAAAGUCAGCCUGGCUCCCAGAAGUGCAGCAGCUAAUGGGAGCUCUUCUGGAAAAGUCGGGAAGCCUCCCUGUGGUGCCACCAAGAGGUCCAUCGCCGACAGCGAGGAGUCCGAGGCUUACAAGUCCCUUUUCACGACCCACAGCUCCGCCAAGCGCUCCAAGGAGGAGUCAGCCCAUUGGGUCACCCACACAUCUUACUGCUUCUGAGCCCGGGCCACACAGGCCACGCCCCCCCCCCCAGGCUCGUUCAGGCUCCUGGAGGCAGGGGGUGUGGGCGCAGCCUGUGCCGGAGCCUCUGCACGGUCAUCAAGUGGUCCCCCUAAACCUUGGUGCCAGCGUGGCCACUCUUUCCUCUGAGGCACGUGGGUUCCUGGAGAGGGCAUGCUGGGUGACUGUGCUGGGCCCCCACGACCCUCCCCCCAUCUCAGUGCCCCCAUCCAUGGCCCCAAAGGCCGUGCUAGCUGCACUUUCCAUGCUUGAGAUCAUUAAAGAUCCCAGAUGCCUCGUGGAUGUGUGGUUGGCUCACUUUGAGUAAAGUCCAAACGGUUCUGCUGCCAGCAGUUAAUUAAAUAGAAGGGAUGAGCUUCAGACACACUCUGUCCGCAGGUCUGUUUGCAGGAGCACCUGAGAAGCUGGGGCUCGGGGUCGAGUACUUAGGGGCGGGGUGUCCCUUAGUUUAUCACUUUGAAGAUGGAAGAGAUUGAGUUGGGCACCUGGCGUUUGAUACAAAAAUAAAGCAAUUGGCCUUUCUCUCA